AUGUCGACGCACGCGGAGAAGAUUGCGGCCGCGCGCCGCAAGGCCGAGGAGAUGAAGGCCGCCGCCGCGGCGAAGCGGCUUGCGCAUGCAAAGCGACGGCAGGAGGGCGACGCCGCAGCAGCCGACGACUCCAAGCAUGAGAUAUUUGUGCCAGGCGAGCACAGCGUGGUGCUGAUCGACUGGGAUGACACGCUUUUUCCGACCUCCGCGUGGAAGGACCGCGUGCGGGAGGGCGCCUCUCCGCCGUCGGAGCGCAAGGUCCAGCUCCUGUCGCAGGCAAUCAGCGGCUUCAUCCGCACGCUGCAGCAGAGCGGCGAGGUCAAGAUCGUGACGCACGCGUGCAAGGGCUGGUACGAGAAGAGCUCGGCGGUGCUCCUCCCGGAGACCAAGGCGCUGCUCGACAGCCUGCCCGCGCGCUACCGAGACAGCUACGGCUCAAAGUACAUGAAGCCGAAGCCGGCCGGGCAUAAGUACAUGACGACGAUCGGAUCGGAAGUGGACAACUACGCCGAGUGGUACAAGACGGACAU